CCUCAGACAAAAAAGUCUCAGGGCAAAGACCUGCCCACUUCAAGUUGCGUCCUGUCCCACGCUUUAUACUUAGCUCCUGUCACUUCAAUUCGUGCACGAGUGGUUUCUCAGCUUGACAACUACAGGAGCCCCUUUCUGUUGUGAGGAACGAUUGAGGUUUCACCUCGCUCUCGGCGCCUUGUAGCGCCCUCCGGAGGUCUGAGAAAUCCGAGCACAGUGGCGAAAUCCGGGAAACCCGAAGUGGACUCAACUAUUCACAUUCAGAUUUACCUUCCUCUCCAAAUAUUGUAGUUCCGUCAUCGGGACUUCUGUACAACGGGUUAAUCCUAUUUUCGAAGCGGAGGGAAUCUUCUUUGAUAUUACAUUUCCGCGUUCUGUAUUUUUAAAUGCAGAACUAUGGCUUGCAUGAGGACUACAUUAAGAUGAAGGGUAACCGUGGUGCCGCCGAUGCCUGGUGAAAAACACAGCGUUUUAAACGACCUCUCAAAGUACCCCCCCCCAAAAAACGUUAAAAACAAAACCAUGGAAACCUCCCGUGCAGCAUUCCCAGUACUGGAACCUACCGUGCGUCCCCUGACCCCUGCUGCUGGCUACCUGUUCCGUAUGUUCCGUGAGUAUCAUAACAAUUCAGUCAUUGUUACCCACUACAACUACACGGGCAAGCUGAAAGGGAACAAGUACAAGGACGGUAUGAAGCCUGUGGACAUCGUGUUCCUGGUCAUCUGCUUACUCAUCAUGCUGGAGAACGCAGUGGUGCUUUUGGCCAUCUGGCGCAACAAGAAGUUCCACCUGCCCAUGUACUACCUGCUAGGAAACCUGACCCUUUCCGACCUGCUGGCAGGCUUCACCUACAUGGUGAAUAUCGUGACAUCGGGUGCCAACACCCUGCGGCUAACUCCUGUGCUGUGGUUCCUGCGGGAGGGCGGGGUCUUCAUCACGCUGGCAGCUUCCAUCAUCAGCCUACUGGCCAUCGCCAUCGAGCGCCACGUCACCAUGGUGAGGAUGAAGCCCUAUCAAGGGGCCAAGCGAGGCCGCAUGUUUGGCCUUAUAGGAGCAAGCUGGGUGGUGGCAGCUCUGCUGGGGGUGCUGCCCAUAACUGGCUGGAACUGCAUAGGGGGCCUGGAGAGCUGCUCCACAGUGCUGCCACUCUAUGCCAAGAGCUACAUCCUCUUCUGCGUGUCUGUGUUCAUCGGCGUUCUACUGGCCAUCGUGGUGCUCUACGUUCGAAUCUUCCGCAUCGUCAAGUUCAACACGCAGCGGCUGAGCAUCAGCGGAGGAGGGGGAGUAGUCGCCUCCUCCCCGGUACGCAAGGGCUCAGCCCGCAAGUCGCAGAAGUACAUGGCCCUGCUGAAAACAGUCACCAUUGUGCUGGGCGUGUUCAUCGCCUGCUGGCUCCCCCUGUUCAUCCUCCUCCUCACAGACGUCUGCUGCCGGCCCGGGGGCUGCUUCGUGCUCUUCAAGGCCGACUACUUCCUGGGCCUGGCCAUCGUCAACUCCCUGCUCAACCCCAUCAUCUAUACGCUCACCAGCAGGGACAUGCGGAGGGCCAUUAUCCGUCUGCUGUGCCACCAGUGCCUGCUGACCAGGGACGGACACGUGAGGAAGUUCCUGGACUACAGCACCAGCAAGACAGAGGUGGUAUCCCACCGGGUGGAGGGCAUUGAGACCGUCUCCAACGGCAACAUCACACCCUCACAAAUCAAGGCUCUCUACUCCAAAGUACUCAAGUCAUGAGGCCACAGUGGAGGCCCUGGUCCGGGCAAUAGGAGAAUAGUUUGUCUGAGAACUGGCACACAUGAACACAUUUCUUUAUGGCUGUGAAGGCUGCAGGAAAAGAGAGGGGCAAAAGCAGACAUGCCUGAUAAUCCUGUCGCAGCAUAGAAGCUUUGCUUUUUUGCGUGCUCCUUUCUAUUUAGAAAUUAGAAUUCAUCCGGGACCUUAUAAAGUUCAAGAAUUUCACUUUCACAGUCUGAAUUCUACCUACUGCUUUAUAAAUACACACCCUCUUGUGAGGAUGCAGUCUUGCAGUAGUGCUUUGCAUUUUUCCAAAGGGUACAGAGUACUAACAACCUGAAAAGACUGAAGGCCAACUGCAGAGUUGGUAGACAAAUACAUUUUAGUGACAAUACAGCUUGCUUCGUAACCUGUCACAUUUCUAAAAUGAUAAACAUCAGUUAGGUCAGGUUUGGCCAGCUGUGUCUCCACUAAGUCACAGUUUUUUUAUUCAUUCUCAUAUCUGAAAAGUGAAGGCGGACUUCAGACACCAAAAUUCAUACCAAGGUGUGAAUUCUCACUCAGAGUGUAAAUGAAAACCGCCGUCUUAUCUGAGCACUUUGGUGUGAUCGUGGGAAGCAGUUACUUAACAUGUCUUAGUGAGUGAGAGGAAACACACUCAAAGCAAUGGAUAAAUUAGAUGGUACCAAGAAGGAAGCGGACAGCCAUGCAAUAUAAACUAUACUGUGAAGCACUUGACAAGCUGUCAAAUAGAAAGGGCACAGGGUCAUGACCACAAUUAAGUCAAUGCCUGUUCACUAUAAAAUUGGAUUUAUAGACUGCCCACAAAAAGUAACACAGGCUUAAUCCAUUUUAUUAAAUGUUUCGGUGGCAUCCAGGUUUUGACCCAUUGUGCAUGUAGGCGCAAGACAACUGUCCCCAUGGUUGGACGCCGUGUUGCGGGGGACCUACUGGAACAAGAUGCCACAGAGCAUUUCAGCUCUAUUGUACACGCACUCCAGCAGACAUUUGGUAGCAGGUUUUUGCAGUGCCUGCCUAGCAGGAAAAACAUGGUCAUCAGCGUGACUGGACCACCAAACCAGCACCUUGAAUCCUUUUCAUCUAAAAGGGAUCUGGAUUUACAAUACAAUACAAUAGCACAAGGAGCCAUGAACUGACACUGAUGAAAUGCAUCUACCGUGUAAAAUAAAUGCACCAUCCUGCAUCCUGCAUCCAGCUCUCGGGUUAGUGGAGGUGUUUGUCCUGCCAGCUUGAGACUAUCAUAUACCCACAUGUAACACUCCCACAUGUCAUGACUCCAGGUCUUAUGCAACUGAAGUUUUAUUUAUGUUCCUUACAAUCUAUAGGUGAUGAUGCCUUUCCUUUGCAAUACAAUAUGAACAAGAAGUGAAUAAAAGGCUAAAGUAAAUAUUACCCCCUAUAAGCUAGCAUUUUUGUCCAUUUGGACAAUGUCACGUUACUAUUGAACCUGGUAAUGCAGUCUGAAAUUAUGCCCACAGAAAAGUAUGCAAAUUCAUACAUGGAAAGUGUUCCAUAUCUUUUACCUUUAUGCAUUUCUGUACAUAGAAAAAAAAAUGUUUCUCAGUGUUUAUCAAAAAUGUUUUUUUAUCAUGCAUAUCAUGCAUUUUAAUUUAACUUUAAAUCCUUUUUUAUGAGACAUUGUGUAUGCACAUUGGAAGAAUAAAGUGAAUUGAUUAAAUGUAAAAA